AUGAAGUCGGUUAUCGUUUUUAGUUUAGCAGUGGUGAGCUGCUGCGCGCUGCCGUCAAAGCAAGAUAGAAAGUUUCCAGAUGACUUUAUUUUCGGAACCGCCACCGCGUCCUACCAAAUAGAGGGAGGAUGGAAUGCAGAUGGCAAAGGCGAAAAUAUUUGGGACUAUAUGACUCAUAACACUCCCGAAGUAAUAAAAGACCAAUCCAAUGGAGACAUCGCAGCUGACAGCUAUACCAACUAUAAGCGAGAUGUCGAAAUGAUGAGAGAACUGGGUUUGGACGCUUACCGUUUCUCUUUAUCUUGGUCUAGAAUCUUACCUAAUGGCUUCUCAAACCAGAUUAGUGAAGCUGGUAUUGCCUUCUAUAAUAACUACAUCAAUGAAAUGCUGAAAUAUAAUAUUACGCCCAUGAUUACACUAUAUCAUUGGGAUUUGCCGCAAAGGCUCUCAGAGUUGGGUGGAUUUACGAAUCCACUAUUUACAGAUUGGUUCGAGGACUAUGCCCGUGUUGCAUAUGAAGAGUUCGGUGACAGAGUUAAACAUUGGAUUACAUUCAAUGAACCGAGGGAAAUUUGCUAUGAAGGCUAUGGUAGUACUACAAAAGCACCUCGAGCGAACGUCACUGAUAUUGCAACUUACAUCUGUGCUAAGAAUCUAGUUAUUGCUCAUGCAAAAGCAUAUUAUGCGUAUGUUAACGAUUUCAAAGAUAGUCAAGGUGGUGAAUGUGGUAUUACUAUCAGUGUCAAUUGGUUUGGUCCACUAACAGAUUCAGAGGAAGAUGAAGCGGCUGCCGAAAUUAAACGCCAAGCCGAAUGGGGUCUGUAUGCAGAACCAAUAUAUUCACAACAAGGUGGUUUUCCCAAAGAAUUUUCCGAAUUAGUAGCCAAAAAAAGUGACGAACAGGGAUACCCACGUUCGCGAAUGCCGGAAUUUACAGAAGAAGAAAAGUCGUAUGUCAAUGGUGCUUAUGAUUUUUUUGGUGUAAAUCACUACACUUCCUAUUUAAUUUCGGCAACCGAAUAUUUGGAUGACUCUACUGCGCCAUCGUUGUACAGUGACGCUGGCGUCGGGUCAUACACUCCGCCUGAGUGGCCUCUUUCAGCGUCUUCUUGGCUAAGGCUGGCUCCUAAUAGUAUUUAUAAUGCACUUACACAUUUAAAAGAGAAAUAUGGUGACAUCAAAUUUUAUAUAACUGAGAAUGGAUGGUCGGAAACCAGUGGUGGUGAUGAUUACAACAGAAUUAAAUAUCAGAGGGCUGCAUUGGAAAGUGUCUUGGAUAGUAUAGAUGCUGGCGUUAAUCUUAGAGGGUACAUGUUUUGGAGUUUGAUGGAUAACUUUGAAUGGAUGGAGGGUUACACAGAACGAUUUGGUCUCUAUUCCGUUGAUUUCGAAGACCCAGCCCGCACCCGAACACCGAACAAAUCGGCCUUUGUUUACAAGCAAAUAAUAAAAACACGUGUCAUUGAUCAUGAUUAUGAACCAGAUUCAACAACGAUGACCAUUGACCAAGGUAGAUAA